AUGGAGGAAUAUUAUUGUAAUGCCAUCAUAGAGUUGGUGUUAGAGAGUGAAGGGGGAAAAGUCAAUGAUCCAAACGACCCAGGAGGUAAAACAAACCGAGGGAUAACCUAAAAAACCUACAACGAUCAACGAAAAGAGAUCAUGGGGUAAGCAAAUAAGUAAAUGGCAAAGAAAGAAAAGAAUCCAUUGAAAAUACCAGAAGACAAAGAUGUUUUUGAUCUUACAGAUGAUGAGAUCAAAGAUUUUUACAAAUAUUAAUUCAAAAGAUUUUUAGCUCAUGAAAUUAAAGAUCCAUAUACCUGUUAUGUGUAUUUUGAUACUUGUGUUUUGUUUGGCCCUAAUAAAGCAAUCAAAAUACUAUAGCUAGCAUGCGAUAUUGAAUCAGAUGGGAAACUCGGUCCAAAUACAAGAGCUAAAGUAGAAUAAACUAUUGAUUAAAGAGGAUUACAAUUAACUAUGCUCUUCUUCAGAGAGAUGGAACAUGAAAUGUCGAAAAAUUAUGGAAUAUACGGAAAAGGAUGGUCUAAUAGAAUAAAGAAGAUCACUCAACAAAUAGAGGAGGGAGUAAUACCAAAAUGGCCAAAUGAUAAUGCUAAUAAAAUAGUACAAUUAUAAUAACAACAAAAAGUCAUAAACUAACCUAAGAAGAAAUGA